CUUUUCCUCCAGGUAUGAGAGUUUAGACUGCUUCAUCUCUUCCACAUGCUCUGGCCUUUCCCAGGCAAAGACCCAGCUAUGGUCAUAGCAGGUACAUGAUUCACCAUGGAAGUCAGAAAUGGAGAACCCUUCCAGUGUCCCACUGGGGACCUGCCCCAAGACCUGGGAGAGAGGGCAGAAGGAAUGGAAACACCAAUCCAGGUGGUGCUUAGAAUCCGCCCCAUGAACCAGGCUGAGCUGCGUAGGGGGGAGCAAAGUGUUCUUCACUGUUCUGGCCCCAGGACUCUGCAGGUGAGUCCUGUAGGUGGUGGCAGGGAUGUUGCCUUUCACUUCAGCGUAGUGUUGGACGGAGCCCGCACUCAGGAUGAAGUGUUUCAAGGCAGUGGAGUCCAGCGUCUGGUGGAGUUUGCUCUCCGUGGUUUCUCCUGCACAGCCUUCACCUUUGGCCAGACAGGCUCCGGGAAGACCUAUACUCUGACAGGGCCUUCUCCCCAGGGAGAAGGGGAAACCGUGCCCCCCAGCCUAACUGGACUCAUGCAGAGGUCCUUUGCCUGUCUCUUGGAUAAAGUCCAGCAUAUUGGGACCCCUAUCACUCUCAGUGCCUCUUACUUAGAAAUCUACAAUGAACAGGUUAGAGACUUGUUGAGUCAAGGGCCUCACCAUCACCUCCCUGUUCGCUGGAACAAGACCCGGGGCUUCUAUGUAGAAAAGCUGAAAGCAGUCAAAUUUGGCACAUUUGAGGAAGUGAUGGAGCUCCUGCUGGAAGGUCUUCGGAGGCGUAGGAGUUCAGCUCACAGUCUGAAUGAAGUCUCCAGCCGUAGCCACGCCCUAUUCACUAUCAAUAUUCAGUGUCCUACUCAGGGGUCCCCCAGCAGGCCAAAAAAGCAGACAUUUGGAAAGCUGUGCUUUGUGGAUCUGGCGGGCAGCGAGAAAGUAGCAGCCACACGUUCUCGAGGAGAGCUGAUGCUGGAGGCCAGCAACAUCAACCGCAGCUUGCUAGCUCUGGGUCACUGCAUCUCUCUGCUACUGGACCCACGACAGAAGAAGAACCACAUUCCCUACAGGGACAGCAAGCUCACCCGACUGCUGGCAGAUUCUCUGGGUGGCAAUGGAAUCACCCUCAUGGUGGCCUGUGUGUCCCCUUCAGCCCAGUCCCUCCCAGAAACACUCAAUACACUACGCUAUGCCAGCCGAGCUCAGAGGAUCACCACCCGGCCCAUGCCUAAGGGUUCCCUGGAUCCACAGCCUCUUGGACUUGAGGAGGAGAUCCAGCGGCUCCGUCAGGAGAAUUUGAUGCUGAAACAGAGACUGGAGCAGCCUCUGGGUCACAAGGCCUCCAGGAGGAGGGGGUCCCAGUCUGGCUGGGCUGAGAGAAGCCUCUAUGGGAUGCUACAGGAGUUCAUGCUGGAGAACCAACAGCUUAGAGAGGAAAAAUAUCAUCUUCAGAGCAGCAGGGACCAUGCCUGGAAUAAGCAGCAAGUCUUGGUUCAACAGCUUAAAGAGCUCAAGAGGCGCCUCCUCAGCUCUGCCGGCCACAGUAUCCAAUGCCCUCCUCGGCAUUUCUCUAGUCCCACCCUGCUCUGCCCCUGCUCAGCAUCUCAAGGGCACUGCCAAGCUCUGGCCUGCCAUGUGCUGCCCCGCCUCUGUUCUUGUCACUGCAACCAGCUCUGUUUCCUGUGCUACGCUCCUCUGCCUCCAUGUGCUGGUUCUCGGCUCCGUCAGGCCCAGAGGGGAGAAGCCUCACUCCUUCCUGGGUAUCUGCCCUCCCAGAUUUUGUCAGAGCUGCCUCCACUAUGCGUGUUUGGUGCCCAAGCCAAGACCCCAUGGAAGAUGGAGGUUUCCGGUCCUCAGGUCCAGACCCAACCUUUUGCCCAGUCACCAGGCCCUAACCUCAGGGAGCACCUUGUGAAGAGGAAAAGCAGUGAGUGGGCCUGGGCUCACUUCUUGGCAGAGACCCUGGCAAAGGAGGAAGCCUCUGGAAGAGCAGGGCAAAUCACACCGUCAGCACCACCUCUACCUCAGGGCCCCUGCAGCACACCUUGGAAGCCAAGAGAUGUCCCAAGUGCAUCCAGGAUAUUGGAGGAAGAAUUGGAGGGGCUGAGGGACCAGAUCGACUGUACCCUGCACCUGGGCCAAGGAAAGCCACCCACUUCCCAGGAGAAACAUUCUGGUCCCAGACAACACCUUCCACCCUGCUGAGUUGUGCCUGUCCUAUUUGCUCUACCUGGGAGCAGGGCUUCAAAUGAUGAAUGACUGAUUGCUUGGGUUAGGUGAGAUCUGGGGCUGGGGAGAGAAGGAUUGAGGAGGGUAGGGGCAAUGAUAGUCCAAAGCCAGAGAAGGCGUAGUUUAAUACUUGGUACUGCAUCCUUGGCCUCAAAGAGGGCUCCCCGCAAACAUUUGCUUUAGGAGCUCUCAUUGGAGGCAGAGGCCAGGCUACCUUUUUUUGUCCUCCAAGUCUGAAAUAAUCAGGCUUCAAGAAAGUAAAAAUGCUAAUA